ACACACAUCCAGCUUCCAGACAGUCUGCCGUCACACACCCCGCUCUCUAAGUGAUUUAUCGCUUCCACUUAUUGAUGUCACCCGUGAAUGAGCGAGUCAAAGAUCCCUCCAGUGAACUCCACCUUGUAGAUGAUCUCCCCUCCGUUCCACUUAGGUUAGUGAUACACGCUAUGCCUUGCGUUUCACAUCAGACCAAUUGUGGGGGACUCAGUCUUAUAUUUAUGAUAAUACGGACCCAAAUCUGAAUGGGAUUAUGGCUCUUGAAGUGGAUGACACGAGAAUCGUCUGCGUGCUGGUGAGGAAGAAAAUGAAACACAAGUUAACGGUGGACUUCCUGGCUGGGUUAUUUCUCCUGGUGAACUUCAACGUGUGCAGCACCUCCGCUGAAAUCACAGUCGAUCCGCCGGCCGACUUGCGUGUGACUGAUCCUGGGCACCUUGGCCACCUUCACAUCAGCUGGGCGCGCCCCUCGAGUCUCGAGAAUGUGACCGACUGCUCCGUGCGCUUCGAGCUCCAGUACUUCAACACUUACGAGGACCGCUGGACGGUCAUCAGGACAGUGCGGCUGAAGUACAGCACCCAUUUUGACCUGGAAAAGGACGUUCAUGUGAAGGUGUGGACCCUGCUGAGAGGGCCCUGCGUUAACAAUACAGAGCUCCAAAGCCCCCCUGCAGAGGUGAUUCUGCAGCCACCUGAUAAAGGCACAAGUCCACGGGUCUCUGGCUUCACCUGCGUGUUCUACCAGAAAGAAUUCAUGGAUUGCACAUGGGAGGCGAGGGGAGGGGAAGCCUCACAGGCCCAAGACCACCUGUUCUACUGGCACAGCGAAAUGGGGCAGGCCAUGGAAUGCCCCGAGUACAUCGAGUCCGACGGGUUCCGAACGGGCUGCCGCUUCCCCAAGGAGGUGCUCGAAGAGUUUACCGAUUUCAACAUCUGUGUGAACGGCACCUCUGCCGCUGGGCCGAUGAGGGCAGCUUACUUCACCCUGCAGAUACAGAACCAUGUGAAGCCGGCUACAGUCGAAACUCUGAGCUUGGAUGCUCUUCCCAACGGGAAUACGCUAUUGACAUGGUCGCCACCGGGAGGAAAAAUCCCCAACCACUGCCUUGAGUUUGAAGUGGAGUCCAAAGAAGACGGCGUCCUGGGGGAAAACUUGCACAAGUAUAUCACCAGGGAAACUUCGUAUACCUCGGCCGUCCAAGGUCAACCGAAGACCAGCUGUUUCCGGGUCAGAUCAAGAGUGCACCAGUUCUGCGCCGACAAGAGCUUCUGGAGCGAGUGGAGCCACCAGCGUUGUCUGGCAGAGUCAACAAAGAAGGAUGUCUCGGCGAUGAAGGUGGGCCAAGUCUGUGUGCUGGCCCUUUGUGCAGUUACUCUCUUCGCCUUCCCUCUCUACCUGUGGAACUGCAAAAGAAAGGUGAAGAACCAAGAGUGGUUCCUUUCCUCCAGUUUCACCAAAUGGGGGCUGUUGGGCUGCAAUCAGGGGCUGUCCCCCCCUUCAGUGGAAAAGCUCAUCCAUCAUCUCAGCCAAGAUGAAGUGCAGCCAUUUAAGCAAGGACAGGCUGUUUAAGUCGCCUUCGGAAUAUUCCGCAGCAUUGUUUGUCGAGCCGUUUCCCAGGCAAACAUGGGAAUUUGCUAGAACCCUUAAAACAAGCCACUCAAUGUUUGCCCUAUCAGUCAAGCUGUUCCACUUACAGUCGAGGUAUAUCAUGCACUAUUUGCCAAAGUCUUGCCAGAUUAGUUUGUUUUUUAAAUCUUAUUUAACAAUUGCGUGAUGUACUUUUGCACAAAGUAGUUUCAUUUCGAGCCUGAUGUUGAAUAAACCGUUUGCCUCGUUUUAAGAGUAAGAAAACAAUUUUAGCAGUUUCAGUUAUUAUGGUGUCUUACGUUUCACUCGGGAUAUAUUAUCUAGGGUUAGUCCAGAUGUGAAAUUUUAUUAAUCAGAUUUAAAUAUAAACGCCAUAGAUGAAGCUUGAAGGAGACUACAAACAAGACUUACUUCCCUGCCAUUUCCGAGGGAUUUCAUUUCCCUGCAACAAUGUCUUAAUGUAAAGACUUGCAGUUAUUUAGAUAGCUCAGUUUUUCAGCUGUAUUCUAAAUAUAGUUGGAAUGUUAUGCCUUGCAAAUGCAUAUGCAGACUAUUCAAAGUAAAUAUGUAUAAAUAUUUCUAUAGCCAUAUAGCCACAAACUUUAUGAACUGCAAUUACGUCAAAGAAACUGAUGAAAUCAGUAUUCAGUAGAAAAUGGUUAAUACACAUAUGUGCAGGCUAACAUUAAAGGAACUGGCAAUGCAAAAAAUAUGAUUCAGUUAGAUUUAAAAUAUGUUGGUUAUUAUAAUUAUUUGCAAAAAUGCUCAUUCCAGUAUUGUACAGUAAUUCAGCACCUUCAUGAUUUAAUGGUGUAUAAGCCUUAUAUAAAGGUGUUAAUUGUAAAGUCAUGAUUUAAAACUCUUGCCAGUAAUUUUAAUGUCCCCAGAUUCACAUUCCUGUAUGGUCCUUUACACGGAUUCCUCUGGGGAAACGGUGAUGAGGGAAAGUGCACAUCGGUGUCUUUUUAGUGAAUUCACAUGGACCCAUAUAGGCGACCACCAUGAAAUACCUCUAGCAGGAAAGGAAGACGGGAUAUUUUUUCAUUCUUACAAAGGGACCCGUGGUCUCAAAAGCACCGUAUAUAACCAAAUAAGUUCCUUCUUAUGUAUCUCUAGCUUACUUUAGCAUUAAGAUGUGAUUUGUUCAAACAAUGUACUUGUCAGUCCAGGAUGUUGACGGCUGCUUUUAGAAUUACAAAAAUAUUUAACUAAUCUUUUCACUUAAUUAGUCUUUUACUAGUUCUACAUUUACUUUUAAAGUAAUCUGAAUCACAUUUAUUGCAAAAUAUAAAUUAUACUUUGAGCUAAUUUUUCAAAUGUUCCACAUUGCUACCACUGAAUAUUGGUAAUGCUGUGCCCUUAAUGAAACAUUAUGGUUUGAAGAGGAACCCGUCACAGAAUUCCAUUCCGAUGCUGACGGGUGAGAACGUGCAGUAUUGCUUGAGGGUGACAAGGUGUAUGUGUUACAUUAUCCAUUUCAAAUUUACAAUCUAAAGUACGUAAUUGAGUUAUUAAGUCGAUUUGCCAACUGUUUCUGUUUAUCUGGUCUUGAAUCGUUCACUGCUUUGCCCAUUCAGUGAUUUACUUCUGUCAUGCGUAUGUCAUAUAUUUAAUGUUUCUGUGGGACAAUUUUUUCAGAUUUUGU